AUGGCAGGAACCCAGUCCAACAGUGAGGUGAUGCAUAUUGAGGAUCGUGACUUUAAACAUGUUUCCAAAGAGACAGUUGCAAAACUUAUUCAGCUCUCCCACGAGGCGAAGAAGCAAACCUACUGUCCUUACAGCAAAUUCAGAGUCGGGGCUGCGCUGCUCACCCUUGACAACAGUGUGCAUACAGGUUGUAAUGUGGAGAAUGCCUGUUACAAUCUGGGAAUGUGUGCUGAGAGGAACGUUAUUGCGAAGGCAGUGUCAGAAGGGCACCGACGUUUCAAGGCCAUUGCAAUUGCCAGUGACAUGAGUGACCAGUUCAUUUCCCCAUGUGGAGGCUGCAGGCAGUUCAUGAGAGAGUUUGGAUCAAACUGGGAUGUAUACUUGUCAAAGCCUGAUGGCUCGUAUAUGAAGAUGACUGUGGAAGAGCUUCUGCCAGUCUCCUUUGGCCCUGAAGACCUGACCAAGAAGAAAGUGUCUUACAUUCCUAAUAACAACUGA